UUUUCAGAAUCUAUAUUAAUUUUUUCUCUCGAGAAUAAAAAAAAUAUUAUUAACGGAAAGAAGCUGGAAGAGAAAAUCUACAGCAAGUUAAUCACAAAGCAAGCGAAGAUUUACACUUUCUUCUUCUUCUUCUUCUGAUUGAAAGACAUCAUCGAGAGAGAUUCGUUUGUCCUUGUAAGUAAUGGCGGGAAUAGCUAUAGUCUUAGAUCUACUCAAGAAAUCUCAUAACACACACCGUAUCCACCACUCAUCCUCGUCUCUCUCUCCCGCCUCCGUCGUCGUUUCCGCCGCCGCCACUGCUCCCUUCGCCUCUAGGUUUCUCUUCGGUUGUUUUGAGCCUCGAGUUGCGUACUGUGAUGCGGCCUCAGCAGCAGCUGGAAUAGAUGAUGAUUACCUCGCUGCUAUACGAAAAGUGUCUUUGCAGAUUCAACCGCCUACGUACAUUCCUCCUAGCUCCUCUAAGGUUUACAGUAUCCAGCCAAAGCCGCUUUUCUCUGCCUUUGAGUUCAGGGCCCUUGCGAUGACCACCGUGAGAUCCCUCCUCAUGUUCUAUCUCCCUCUUUUGGAGCCUAAACCUGCUUCUGAGGACGAUGAUGAUGAGGAUUUUCUAAACAAUGCUCCUGAGGAAGGAGAGCGCCGCCGUGUGGACUUGAUUGUUCCUCUUAAAAAAUCAGCCAAGCAGAUUGCACGUGAGACCACAGUUGUGACCACUAGGAGGGUUCUUGAAAGGGUGGCUAUUAGUUAUGUCUCACAGCGUAUGGCAUGGAAACUUCUAAAGGAUGUGCCUCAGUCAACUUUACGCAAAGCUGGGAGAGGGUGGCCCACACAUGUAUACAUCUUUAAAGUCAGCCAGACAACUCUUAGAGGACACUUCCUCGGGAUUGCAGCAUCGUGGACAGUUCAAGUAGGCAUAGAGAUUUACAGAUGUCUGUUUAGGUCUGUUAAACCCGAGGAGGAGGAAGAAGAAGUGGAGCAAGUUUUGAUAUCGGAGAAAGCCAAGGACCUUGGGAACAAAGUUGUGGGCAUCACAGUACGGUGUGGUGCUUCUUUAGUUUUUGCUGCCAUUGGAGCUGGCAUCUGCUCUUGUCUCAUACGUCCCUCCAUGGGCCAAUGGAUCGGGUGCGCGCUGGGGGACUUGGCUGGUCCGAUGGUUGUUUCGAUUUGCUUGCAGAAGACUCUUCAAGCUGAUAGUUAACUUCUUUUGUGGAAAUUGAAUUCUUCUGUUCUGUGAUCCAAUUUUAAUUCAACGAGCUUUGUUUUUUGGUCUUCUGAAUUUUUUUUUUUUCAUCUAGUUUUAACUGAAAUCUUGAAACACUUUGAUUGAUGGACUCGAUGGUUUACAAGAAUGUACAAUAGUACAAUAAGUCAGGUGAUUAUUUCCUGAAUGA